CUAUUCAGUAGUACGAUUUAGAAUAUGCUAAGAGAAUAAACCUCGAACGAAACCAAAAAGUAUUAAAUUAAAUCAAUACUGAAGUAAGCUAAAAAAAAAAAAAGUCUGAGUGGAUAUUUGAUAUUUAUGACAAGACCAGCGGAAGACAUGUUCGCGAUUACGUAUUAUAUGAUUAUGCAUUCAGCAUGAUAUUGUACAUAUGGGACAUCUUUUGUCCCCGCUCAACCAAUCCAUAAAUGAUCAUAUAUUUUGGGUGUUGAAAGAGACAUUCAGGAAAUUGCCCUCAUUUGAUAUUUUUGCUCUGCCUAUUUGAGAAAAAAACUUAGCUGCGAGGGUUAAUUUUGAUAAGACCAGCCAUGUGCCUCAAAGGCCUAUCCUAUUUGCCUGUGACCACAAUUAUUCUAACCCUUGGAACAUUCAUCUUAUCUUACAUAUUAGCUGUUCUCAAGAAAGAUGUCAAUGCAUAUUUUCCAUAUAUAAGUGAUACAGGAACAAAAGUUCCAGAGAGUUGUGUAUUUGGUCAACUUUUAAAUAUGGCCUCGGCAAUUUCCAUCUGUACACUGUAUGUUCGCUACAAACUGGUGAAGAGUAUUGUCCAGCCAGAAGACGAUUCCAUCUUGAAGCUCAACAAGCAUGCCUUCUUUUGGGGGAUACUCUCUCCUCUAGGUCUUAGUUUAGUCGCAAAUUUUCAGGAAACGUCUGUUGAGAUUGUCCAUGUAAUUGGAGCAACCAUGGUGCUGGGAUUUGGGGUUGUGUAUGAGUUUCUCCAAACAGCCAUUUCUUUCCAAAUGCACCCUUCCUACAAUGGCCUAAGGAUCUGUAAAGUCAGGCUGGUGAUAAGCAUAAUAUCUGUGAUAGGCUUCCUAACAAGCACGGCAAGUGCUGUGGUAUCAAGGAUCCAAGGCCACCCCGAGGAUAAACUUCACUGGAAACCCACGGACGGAGGAUUUGCAGCGCACAUAACCAGUACAAUAUCGGAAUGGGUUACCGCCCUGGCAUUUAUCGGCUUCUUCUUCACUUUCAUCAGCGACUUCCGGAAACUAAAUAUAAACGUUGAAGCUCAGCUGCAGGUUCGUCAUUUAGACGAACAUUACGUGCCAUAUGAUGACGUCAACGAGGAAUCCCGGCUUCUCGUGUAAUAUAUUGGUUGUUGCAUGUAUAAGAGUUCGAGAUAAAUCUCAUUAAAGAGUCUAUGUGCUUAAGCAAUAUGUAUCAUUUUACUUUGAAUCAAGUUAUUUUUUUUAAACUUGUUUGAUCGAGAUUCUGUUGUAGUCGUCAGUGAUAUCAAUGUAUUGUUAGAUAAGUAGCGUAUAAGUUUCCCCACAGGCUUCAAAGGGGAGAUAAUGUAUAUGAGGUGGAUUUUUUAAAACGUUCUUUGCCAGACCUGAAUGACCAGCAUUAUUAAAACUUUUUGCGGAAAGUUUCUUUUUUCAGUUUUUGUAAAGGACAGUAUACUAUUUAUACUAUAAAACAUAGAUGAAGUAUGUUUUGAGAAUAUGUUUUCUAUGUUAGAGAUUAGUUAUGGUAUGGAUCGCAUUGAGGAUUCAUCGUUGAUUAAAGUAAAACAUAUUUAAAAACAUAUAUAAAAUAAUAAUCAUUCUUUUAAUUUUUUUUUAAAAGUAUUAUUUGACUUCUUAAUACUUAAUUUUUGAAAUUAAAAAGAGGUAAAAUUGGGAAAACUCAGCCUGUUUCGAAUCCGUAGGAGAAGACGGUGAUUUUUCAGGUUAGCGAUAUGGCCCUAUGGCCUCAAGUUUAAAGCCAGUGAAUGUUUUUUAUUCCAUGUCUCUCUGAAUCUCCAUCUUUUAUACUGUAUUUUCUUUUCUUUUCUUAUCUCUCUUUUACUGUGGACAUUUCAUUUCUACUUUUAAGGAGGUUUUCAAUCUGUUUUACUUGAAUCUGUUGUGUUGGAUUUAGUAUUACUUACAUAUACAUAUAAUUACCGUACAUUUCAAACUGUUUUUGUUUAUUGUUGAUCAGUAAAUUACUUGUGCAUUAUUACUUGAAUUGUAUUUUGUUACUAUAAAUACAAAGAGUUUAUGUGAUUGCUUCCUUUUUGAGGCAUUGUUGAAUUUCAAUAUUUAUAUAUGUAUGCUGUUAUAACUCUGUGUUGUAUAGUAUCAAAAUCAUCAAAUUUAUUCAUAAUGAAACAUGGAGUAACCAUGGUCGAAUGACAUUGCUAUUUAAUUAACCAAAUAUGAGCAGAUUUUGCAGAUUUCCCAACAUUAAAGAUUUUAAGAGUAAUUUUUUAUCUGUCGUUGUAGUGCAGCUUCGAAUAUCUAAUUCCGCCAUGAUUGUCUCAAUGCCAAAUGCUUGCUUGUAAACAAAAAAAAAUAAAAGAUUUCAAUUAUAA